AUGGUACAAAAAUACCGACUCCAAGUCGGCCGCGGAAAUCAACACAAUGCAGCCGAUACACGUAAGCUCGAAAAUCAGGCGUUCAUGAUAUACUCAGGACCAGGAGAAGCUGUGCGCACGGACGAAAGUGCAAACUUGCGACGUGUUCUUCACAACGUGUUGGCGGUAAUUUUUUUUCACGAGUUCUAG